CAGCAGAGGAGAGACAGACAGACAGAGAGAGACACAGACAGACAGACAGACACAGAGAGAGAGAGAGCGAGCGUGCGCGCAAGAGGACAGACACAGAGAGCGCCAGGCCGGGAGCCGGUGGCCACCAUUCCUUCCCUUUCCUAAUCCUCCUUCAUCCUCCUCCUCCCGGCCACCUUCCUCCCUGACAACCACUGGAGCAGCAGCCGGACACCGGCUCCUUCCCGGCGGGCACACCAGAAACAUGGAGCUUCGAGUAGGGAACAAGUACCGGCUCGGCCGGAAGAUUGGGAGCGGUUCCUUUGGAGACAUCUACCUGGGUGCCAAUAUUGCCUCCGGGGAGGAGGUGGCCAUCAAGCUGGAGUGUGUUAAAACCAAACACCCCCAGCUGCACAUCGAGAGCAAGUUCUACAAGAUGAUGCAGGGAGGAGUGGGCAUUCCCUCCAUCAAGUGGUGUGGAGCCGAAGGAGACUACAAUGUCAUGGUCAUGGAACUCCUGGGUCCCAGCCUGGAGGAUCUCUUUAACUUCUGCUCCCGCAAGUUCAGCCUAAAGACGGUCCUCCUCUUGGCCGAUCAGAUGAUCAGUCGCAUUGAGUACAUCCACUCCAAGAACUUUAUCCACCGGGACGUGAAGCCGGACAACUUCCUCAUGGGGCUGGGCAAGAAGGGAAACCUGGUGUACAUCAUCGACUUCGGCUUGGCCAAGAAGUACCGGGACGCCCGCACCCACCAGCACAUCCCCUACCGGGAAAACAAAAACCUGACGGGCACCGCCCGCUACGCCUCCAUCAACACCCACCUGGGCAUCGAGCAAAGCCGCCGGGAUGACCUGGAGAGCCUGGGUUACGUGCUCAUGUACUUCAACCUGGGCUCGUUGCCCUGGCAGGGGCUGAAGGCCGCCACUAAGCGCCAGAAGUAUGAGCGCAUCAGUGAGAAGAAGAUGUCUACACCUAUCGAAGUGCUCUGCAAAGGAUACCCCUCCGAGUUCUCCACAUACCUCAACUUCUGCCGCUCGCUGCGGUUUGACGACAAGCCGGACUAUUCGUACCUGAGGCAGCUCUUCCGCAACCUCUUUCACCGCCAGGGCUUCUCCUACGACUACGUCUUCGACUGGAACAUGCUGAAAUUCGGCGCAGCCCGGAACCCCGAGGACAUGGACAGAGAGCGACGGGAGCACGAGCGGGAGGAGAGGAUGGGGCAGUUGCGAGGCUCGGCUACGCGGGCCCUCCCCCCCGGACCCCCGGCCGGAGCCACCGCCAACCGGCUCCGCAACGUGGCCGAGCCUAUGGCCUCCACGCCCGCCUCCCGAAUCCAGCAGACUGGCAACACUUCUCCCAGAGCGAUCUCACGAGUGGACAGAGAGCGGAAGGUCAGCAUGAGGUUGCACCGGGGGGCCCCGGCCAACGUCUCCUCCUCCGACCUCACAGGGCGGCAAGAGGUUUCGCGGAUUUCAGCAUCACAGACGAGCGUGCCGUUUGAUCACCUCGGGAAGUGAGAAGACGAUGCCCCCGGACCAGUGUUUGCUUAGUGUCUUCACUGUAUUUUUCUUUUAAAAAAAAACAAAAAACACUAAAAAAAAAAACAAACCUGAAAGAGAACAAAACAGCAAACAAAAACCCGCCACUCACCUCACAACAGAUUUUUGGGGGCUGGGAGAGACCGGCGACAAGGUGGCGGGGGGGCACCUGCUCCGGGGGUCCUCGGAGAAGAUAUCCACGGGAGCCUUUUGGACGCCACCGCCGAGCCCCCUCCCCUCACCGGAGCCCCAUCGGCCCGGAGUCUCCGCAGGCCACCCCUUCCCGCUGUCCCCGAGGCCCGGGUCUCGGGGGAAAAUCUUCAGUCCUCUGGGAGCCGCUCCUCCUGCCCCCCAGGCGUGAUUCUUUGGUUUUUAUUUUUGAUAGGUAAACGUGUUUAUUCCAGUGGGCCGCUCCUCCCCACCCUCGCCACCGUUAAUUAGGCGUGGAUUUCCUCCCACUGUUGAGUCUCGGAGCUGCUGCUGAAGAGUCAGAUUCUUGAGGGUCCCUGGCCGAAAAGGACAGAAUUUGUGGGCUUAGUCGUUGUGGCGUCCCCCGCCCCCCUGGGCCUUCUCUCCCCUUCCCUCCUCCUUCUCCCCCGACAGGCUCCUCUGUCCCGUCUGGAGCUGGCACUGUCCUCCGGGUCGGGAUGAGCGGGAGACGGAGCCGCCUGCUCCCGCUCUCCCUGCCUCGCCGCGGAUUUGCCUGGCCGGCCAGUUACGGCCUGGAUGGCCCAGGCCUGAGGCGUCGGAAAGCGGAGAUCCGGGGGGAGAGAGAGCAGGAGUUUGCGUGUGUGUGGACAUGCUUGCAAAUGAGUGUGGGUGUAUGUAUGUGUAUAUAUUUUGUUUGUGUCUAUCCUAGGAUGAAAGCAAGGGGCAGAAAGGCUCCCUACAGUGCGAAGCUGAUGCCAGGUGUCCCUUCCCCCAUGGCCCACCUCCCCUCCCACUGAAUUUCAGUCGAAGCGUUUUAGUUUGAGUUUGGAAAGCAGUGUGACGACCGACCGCACUGAGGAGAAUGCGGGAGACAGGGCCAAGCCUCGGGUAGGCGAGGGUUUAUUUUCUCCCCGGCCCCCUCUUCUCCCACAUCUUUCCCCUUCCCCUGUCCUCCCCGCCUCUCUUCCUAAACCAUCAGACACCCCGGGACUGACCAUCUGCCCAGCCUGGCAGCCCCCUUUCCCUCCCCUCUUCCUGCUUUUAAACAGAGAAGAAUUAAAAAAUAAAAAAAAAUCUGGAGACCAUUUCCAAAUGCGCCAGGAAAGAAAGCGACUCCUGGGUUUUAACUGAACUGGUCAUGGCAGUGACCUAUUGACCUUUGACCUCUAGCGGCCCUGCUCACCCUGUAGUGAGGAACUGCUGGUGGGGGGUGAGGGGGGUCAGUGCCAAGGCAGUGGGGUGAGGAUGGGAGCGUUUUUUUUCGGUUUUUAUCCUUUCUAUUUAACACAACUUUUUUUUGUUUGUUUUUUUUUGUUUCGUUUUGUUUUCCUAAUUUAUUUAC